CUGUCGCUCACACUUUACUCCGUCGUUGACCACGCUCCCCCUCCCGUCGCUUUCGCUUCCUCCCACCGUCGCCCUCGCUUCCUCCCACCGUCGCCCUUGCUUCCUCCCACCGUCGCCUUCGCUUCCUCCAACCGUCGCUUUCGCUUCCUCCCACCGCCGCCCUCGCUUCCUCCCACCGUCGCCCUCGCUUCCUCCCACCGUCGCCCUCGCUUCCUCCCACCGUCGCCCUCGCUUCCUCCCACCGUCGCCCUCGCUUCCUCCCACCGUCGCCCUCGCUUCCUCCCACCGUCGCCCUCGCUUCCUCCCACCGUCGCCCUCGCUUCCUCCCACCGUCGCCCUCGCUUCCUCCCACCGUCGCCCUCGCUUCCUCCCACCGUCGCCCUCGCUUCCUCCCACCCUCCCCUACACUCCGCCGUCGUCAUCACUUCCCUGCCUAUCACGUUCACCCUCUUCGUCACACGUCGCCUCUCUCUCUCCCCCUAUUCUACCUUCACCACUCCUACCGUCGUCCAUGGUUACCACCCCACACUUGAACCCUUCUCAUUCUCUCACAUUCUCCCUUCUCCCUUGCUUCUCGCCCACACUAAACGCAGAGAUGUAUGGCGCCUGGGCGCUGGGUAUGGGGAAGCCGUCCCGUCUUCCUCCUCUUCCUCUUAUUUGCCUCCUCCUCCCACCCACUCUUUCUUUCAUCCUCCUGCCUCUCUUCCACCCUGCCACUCUUCUUUUCAGACUGCCACCUUCCGAGCUUCUUUUAGUCCACCUUUCCGUCUCACCCACUUGUCCUCUCCCAACUUGAUCCUCACAUCCUCCCAUCCCCCCUUCUCCCCUUCCACCCUCCAACCCUUGCGCUCAUCCUCCCUUCAUCUCACCCUCCUUUUUUCUCAUCCUCCCAUCCUCCCUCUCUUCCCUCCCCCCUCCCUUCCUCCUGUCCUCCCUUCCUCCCUUCCUUUCUUCCUCUCUUCCACCCUCUGCCCUACUCUCUGCUUCAGUGUCUUUCUCCCCUCUCUUUCCCCUUUCCUCCCUCCCUUCAUCUCAUCCUCUCUUCCGCCCUUCCUCCUUGUCUCCCUUGCUCAUUUCUCCCUCCUCAUAUUCCCUGUUCCCUGCGUCCCUCGCUGCCAUCCUCCCUUCCUCUCAGCCUCCUCACUUCCUCUCGUCAACCAUUCCUCCGCACCCUUCUACCCUGCCACGCCUAUACACUCCUACCUUGUUCUAGGGGCUUGUUUCUUCACGUCCCCAGCACCGCCAGCACUCGCAGAUGCGGGCACAUGGGGUCCCUUGCGCGCCGAGCCAGAGGAGGCACCUUGCGCAGAGGGGCGUCACGAGGAGCAGCGCUGUGACGCUGGUGCCAGGGAGGCUGCCAGACCCACCGGGCUGCGCAGGGCGGACGCACCAGCAGCACCAGCAGCAGCACUGCCUCCGGCACCUGUGCCUGCAGCUGGAGAAACGGGAGCAGCGGCGGCAGCAGGAGCAGCAGGCGCAGCAGUGAGAGUGAGUGCAGGAGGCGGGGGCGAGGCGCCAAUGGUGAAGGCAGGAGAGGGCGGGGAGAAGGUGGAUUGA